CCCGUUGCGAUUAUGAGCAGCUCUUGGAUAAUUCCAUGAGUGUAAUUCUUGAAUGGCCCGGGGGAGCUAACUGCAAGACGUUUGGUCGCAACUACUGGUUUCGUUGUGAGAACACCUGCCUGUCAAAAAUGGAUGGUCUCGAUAUCAAGGUAGUAUUCACUUUCGAAGAAAUAUCGGGAAAGGUAUUCGGCAGAGUUUCCAUUGACGUAUGGGUUUCAAACACACCAAUAAAGGAUUUACAGUUAGACGAGCUGAAAGUACCGCAAAUGCCAACUAAGGAUCUGGAAGAUACAACAGUAGCAUCCAGUAUCAACUUGAAUGAUUCAACAAAACCAGAGGUUUUUGUGAUCCAUGUAAGAGGGAAAAAGAAUUUCAAGUUACUACAAAAAGUACGGGACGCCAUGGAGGAAGCGGAUGAUGUCCGAAAGGCUGAGAAGCCAGUCAAAAGACCGGGACGAGGUGGAUCCAAAAAGAAAACUCCAGCUUCAUCAACUAUUACAAGCCCCAAUGUAGGCACACCCAAGGAGGGAGCCCCAGCUGCGUCAAAAGCUUCACCAUUGGAAGUUCCGUUGUUGCCUGAUAAUGACCUCCAUCGACCAUGGGAGGAUAAGAAGAAAAAUUGAAUAAAAUCUUUCCACCAUUAAGUCGCGUUCACCGAACUUAUCGUGAAUUACUGAAUAUAUCGCAACCAAAUUCAGAAACAUGUGCAUAAAGCAUUUAUAUAUUCAUAUAUCAAACUAUAUAGGAAUAUUUAAUCCGGUGGGAGGACUAUUAAAUUCAGAAAUAUGCGCAUAAAACAUUUAUAUAUACAUAUAUCGAACUAUAU